UAUAAAAACCCCAUUAGCCCAUGUUGUCCAUACCAUCAACUACUUGCUCAUUCUUUAAUUAGCUUUACAGUUCCCAAAUUCACUCCCACAAUGGGUUUCACUUGCAGAAAACUACUACUUUGUCUAAUGCUAUGUGCUUCUAUGAUGGCACUAAGCUUGGCUAACAAGGACUGGCAGUUUGGGUCUAACUCCAGGAACCAUCGAUCUACUGCAUCGAAGAAGCUCGUGGUUGGAGACUCGCAAAGUUGGCGUUACGGGUCCAACUACACCGAUUGGGCUAUCAAAACUAGUCCAUUCUUCAUCAACGAUACUCUAGUGUUCAAAUUUGAUGCGCCAAGUCGCGCCAACCCAUUCCAACACAGCGUAUACUUGAUGCGGAGCUUCUGGCACUUCUUGGCGUGCGAUUUCAGGGGAGCGAAGAUGGUUGCAAAUGUGAAGCAAGGAGGAGGAGAAGGUUUUGAGUUCAGGAUGAAGAGGUGGAUGCCUUAUUACUUUGCUUGCGGAGAACAUGAUGGAGCACAUUGCAGGGAUGGUCAAAUGAAGUUCAUUGCCAUGCCUCUCCAUCAAUAUCGCUACUAGCUACCUAUUUCAUGCAUGGUUCGAAGUCUUUGUUUUGCUUCUUAAUUUUAUUUAUAGAAAUAAAAGUUUUUGAGAACAAUUAUACAGAAUAUACUGUGUAUGUCCUCGCAUGUUUGCAUUUUGUUAUCAAAUAGCUGUGUCUACAGUCGGAUCUGUUGCAUUGUUAUUGUUGUUGAUCAAUAAGAUAUUAGUAAAGUUUGAAAGUCUUAUUUGAUUUGUUCAA